GCCAUGGCCGCGCGCCCCGGGCCGCUCUGGCUGCUGGGCCUGGCGCUGUGCGCGCUGAGCGGCGGCGGCGCCUCUGGCCCGCGCCCCUCGCCCGGCUGCCCGCAACGGCGCCUGGGCCCGCGCGAGCGCCGCGAUCUGCAGCGCGAGAUCCUGGCGGUGCUCCGGCUGCCCGGGCGGCCCCGGCCCCGCGCGCCGCCCGCCGCCGCCCGGCUGCCCGCGUCCGCGCCGCUCUUCAUGCUGGACAUGUAUCGCGCCAUGGCCGGCGACGACGAGGAGGACGGCGGGACCCCCGAGCGGCGCCUGGGCCGCGCCGACCUGGUCAUGAGCUUCGUCAACAUGGCGGAGCAGGACCGCACCCUGGGCCACCAGGAGCCCCAGUGGAAGGAGUUCCGCUUUGACCUGACCCAGAUCCCGGCGGGGGAGGCCGUCACGGCCGCGGAGUUCCGGAUUUACAAGCUGCCCAGUACCCACCUGCUCAACUGGACCCUCCACGUCAGCAUGUUCGAGGUGGUCCUGGAGAAGUCCAACAGGGAGUCUGACUUGUUCUUUUUGGAUCUUCAGACGCUCCGAUCUGGGGACGAGGGCUGGCUGGUGUUGGACGUGACAGCAGCCAGUGACCGCUGGCUCUUGAACCGUAACAAGGACCUGGGACUCCGCCUCUAUGUGGAAACAGAUGAUGGGCGCAGCGUGGAUCCAGGCCUGGCCGGUCUGCUGGGGCAACAGGCACCGCGCUCCAAACAGCCUUUCGUGGUCACCUUUUUCAGGGAGAGCCCCGGCCCCGUCCGAGCCCCUCGGGCAGUGAGGCCCCUGAAGAGGAGGCUGCCGAAAAGAACCAACGAGCUGCCGCCCCCAAACAAACUGCCGGGGAUCUUCGACGACGUCCACGGCUCCCACGGCCGACAGGUGUGCCGUCGGCAUGAGCUCUAUGUCAGCUUCCAGGACCUUGGCUGGCUGGACUGGGUCAUCGCCCCCCAAGGCUACUCAGCCUAUUACUGUGAAGGGGAGUGCUCCUUCCCACUGGACUCCUGCAUGAACGCCACCAACCACGCCAUCCUGCAGUCCCUGGUGCACCUGAUGAAGGCUGACGCGGUGCCCAAGGCGUGCUGCGCGCCCACCAAACUGAGCGCUACCUCCGUGCUCUACUACGACAGCAGCAACAACGUCAUCCUGCGCAAGCACCGCAACAUGGUGGUCCGCGCCUGCGGCUGCCACUGAGGCCCCGCCCCGCCUGCUGCACCGCCCCUACCGGGUCAGGUCAGACCUCCGCAGGGGGCACCACCCAGCGUCCUCACAGCUCAGGCAGGGCGGCGGCAGCGAGGGCGCCCCUCCGCUGCCCACAUCCUGCCAGGGGCUGGUCCUCCCCAGGCCCCUCUGCCCCGCCCCCGCCCGGCGCCUGAGGCGGUGGUGGAACUCCGGCCUGGUGGUCUGCGUCCGCAGCAGGGUCCUACCCCAGCCCCUCCCCAGAGGCACGGGCUGACCGUUCUUUGGGGCUGGCAGAGAGUCCUGAGGACCUGCUCUUGUUCACUGCUGGCCCAGCUGUGGGCGGAUGUGGGACGAACUCAGAGGCACCUGCAGCCCAGGAUGGCCACCUCAGGCCCUUCACCGUCCACGACAGUGUCUGGGGAUGUGUAGACAGGUCCUGGUCCAUCUCCAGAUGCCUGCCCUUCCCAGCUGCAAAACUGGGCAUUUCUGGGCACUUCUGUUAGAGUGUGGAGUUGCCCUUGGUGGGCUAUAUUUGUGGAUCUGAAUUACCAAACCGCUGGCCACAAGGAGGCAUGUGGGUCGCCUCCAGAAAGAGCUAAAUGAACAGCAUGAGUUAGGGCCAAGGCCGAUGGCAUUCAUCUUCCCUCUCUUCCUCCCUUGACCUGCCUCUGCUGUCUGGGGAAGACGUGCAGUGCACGGACACUUUAGGGAAACAAAAAAUCCUGGGGGCUUUAUUGACCCCAUCUGUCUGUCACCAUGUUGAACCAUCGGGAGUUCAGCUCUGUGGAAAAGUUAUCUUUUUGCUGAGCCAAGUAUGGUGGAUACAUCGGGUGGCCCAGGGUGACAAUGCCCAGCACGGGUGACAUAGUUUCCCUUAACCUUCUGCACGGCAGUCAUCAAUAAUCAACCUUGAUAUUUUUUCUUUCAAAUCUGGAUAGAAUUUCAAAAUGACCAGCACAGAACUCCAGGUGGCCACCACCAACAGGUUAGAGUUGGCAUGUGGAGUGAAAACUCUCUGCCAUCUCCUGCCUCCAGUGCUCUGGGACACGGGGCAGCCUGGGGCCAGGCGUGGAGCGAGGGCAAGGCUUGUUAGCACCUGCCCGUGUCCAGAAGCUGCUGUCAGAAACAGACUGUUCAGCCAAGUCUGCGUCACCCUGUGUGCCCAGGAGCCCUGUCCUGUCUCUUGGGGCCUGUGAGCCAGAGAAAAGGCCCCGGUCCCAGGGGAGUGACAGGCAGCAAUUAAGCUGAGCUGGGUGGGGCGGUUCCCGGAAACCACUGCUCUCCUUGGAGCAGCCGCCGGCAGCUGGAGUGUUUGAUUUCUGACUUGGUAAGCCUGUAAUUUACCUGGUGGAGCAGACUGCGUCCAGCUGCCCGAACCCUGAAAUACUGUGUCAUUAAAAGCACAGCCUGGGCCCGCCCCAACCCACAGGCACAGCCCAGGAUGUGCAGCCCUGGAAUUCACUCUGCGCCCCAAGGAGGGGCUCCGGGAGCGCAGGUCUGGCAGCAGGGGUGGAGGCUGGGGCCUUGCUGCAGGACAGCAGCCCUUCCGCCUGGACCUGGGAGGGCCUCUGGGAGCCAGGGCACAGGAAUUGACCCUCCCCAUGGACACAGGAAGUUGGUGGUCUCCUCUUUAGCCUGGGGCUUUGAGCUGAGGCUGGCAGUGAGCGGACCAGGUACCAGCGCAAGUGUAAGGAGACCCGUAUUCUGGCUCCAGCUCAGCCACUGAUGUCUGGGCAAGUGCCCCCUGAUUCAGGGUUCAGUUUCCUGUCUCUGGCAUGAGGACAUACAAGGACUCUGACGUCUCCAAAGGCCAUUCCAGCCAGAGAAUCUGCCUGCCACUCUGGCCAUCUCUUCUCAGAGAGCCAAGACAUGGCCUGAGUGCCCAGCUGUCCUAGGACUUGAAACCUGCCAAAUUCAGGGCCUUAUUCAGAGCUCUCUCCUCCCAACAUCAAGGGCAGUGGAGGCUUAGAAACUUUUGACAAAUGUCAGUGUUAAGUUUCUUCAGUGCCUAAGCACAUAACCUGGCAUGGUUUGGGGCACCAGGAAAGUUUAUGAAGUGAAUGUUUUGAAGAUGUGGACUGCCCUGCCCUCAGAGGUGUAGAACAAAAGGAACAAAGGAUUGUGACACGACUCCCGUUUCAUGCAAUAAAGCCAACAGUCCAGCAGUCACGGCCUUCCUGACACUUCUGGCACCUUCAGCCAUCCAGGUGGCCACCAAAUGAAAUCAGAUAGAAGAGGCUUCAGAGAAGGGAGACAAUUAAGGACGGAAAGCCGAUGAGGUGGCAGUGGUCAGUCACUAGGCCCACCUCGUUUAUCUGGUUGCCCUUGGCAGUCUGGGUCACGUUCAAGGCUGUACAUGAGAAGCAUAAAUGAGGGUGGUCAACUCAGGCCCACUGGUGGCAAAGUAAGCACUGCCGGAAAGGGUGGGCCCAAAGGAACAGCAGCGCCUGGGGCCACGCUGUGUGGGCACACUGCUCUGUCACCUCACCCCUGGUGCGCAUCUUCAUAACCGAAGCGUGAUCCUGGCCCAGAUGCCAGCUCAUCGGGCGAAGCCCUAUUCUUGUGUAUCUCUAUGUAGGGAAGUAGGUGACAUUCUUCAAGAAAUUCCCUGUAACUUCAUAGGGAAGGAAGCUGUGACAGGAGAGGGUGAGCUUUGUAGCUCGCAGACCCGCUGGCAACAAGCCCUGGCUCUGCCUCUUGUUGAUCUGACCACCCUGCGCACCGGGAAGCCGGCUCCUCCCUCUGUAGAACGGGCUACUGGCUCUGCCCUGGCAAGGCCAGCGCGGGGAGCAGGUCUGUUCGGAGCACUCGGCACUGGGUCUGCACACCUGCGCCGAAUGAAUAGCAUUAUUAGUGGCCUUUAUUAUUUUUUUUGCGGUACGCGGGCCUCUCACUGCUGUGGC